AUGUCGCUUCAGAAUUUAGUGCCAACAGCCACUAAGCUGGUGUCAGGCCUCGCAGGGCAUCUAAGUCCUGACGUGGUGCCUAAGUUACUAGACACAGUAGAGGGCGCUGCCGACGCUUCACUCAGUGUGUUGGGUGACAAUCUUAUUGAUAGCGUGGAAAACCUGAUCGACGGCUUCCCAGGCUCCUUAACGUCCAUCUUGACCCCUGAGUCGCUACUGGGGUUACUGCUGCCCCUGAUCCAGCUACUCUUGGUCGUGGUCAGCGACUUCGUGGUACAGUGGCCAAAGCAGAGCGCUGUGUCAGAUGGCGACCAUUUCGACGUGAUAGUGGUGGGAGCUGGCACCGCAGGCUCGGCCUUGGCGAGCCGACUGACCGAGGUUCACAAAUGGAAGGUUCUCCUCAUUGAGGCUGGCGGGGAUCCUCCAAUCUUCAGCGCGGUAAGGACUUUCAUCAUCAUUUUUCUCGCGUUAUCCCGGCAUUUUGCCACGCAAACUAAUUGUUACAGAGGAUCAAAGGAAGACUACAAGGAGUGGGUCCAAGCUUCCGGAUCUGAAGAUUGGUCCUGGGACUCUGUUUUGAAAUACUUCAAGAAAGCCGAAAACAUGAUCGACCCGUACCUAGCAGACGGUCCCACUGCCAACUACCACAGUCACGACGGCCCACUCCAGGUUAAAAAUCACACUGUCAAUAGUAAUUUCAUACAGAAAAAUGACAUUAUGCUUAGGGCAUUUGAAGAAAUCGGCAUUGAAACUAUUAAAGAUCCAUUUACACCGGACAUACAAGGCAGCGCACCAUUCUGGUACAAAAUCAAAAAGGAACCGUCACGACGUGCCAGCACUGCCGAAACGUACUUAUUGCCGGUUAAGGAUAAAAGCAAUUUUUACCUCCUUAAGAACACAAUGGUGACUAAAGUUAUUAUUGAUAACAAAGAAGCUAAAGGAGUAGAGGUUCUGACUGAAAAUGGUAAGAAAAUGAAUCUUUUCGCUGACGUUGAAGUCGUUUUAUCCGCCGGUGCCUUUGGUUCGCCGAAAUUGCUGCUGCUUUCUGGAGUCGGUCCUCAAAAAGACUUGGAACAGCUUGGCAUAGAUGUUGUAGAAGAUUUGCCUGUAGGCCAGAAUAUGGCGGACCAUAUACUUGCUCCUAUAUGCAUUAGUGGAAAGCCGGACAUCGGGAGUGCCUUGGACACGGUGCGAUCUCUGACCGCGCUCAGUUCAUUCCCUGCUCCUAUCAUCGGGGGUUCAUUUGCCGUGGGCCAAGCGGCGCCAAAUAUGCAGCAUGCGACUAUAUUGUUCGGUGCCGCUUCACCGAUCUUUCUCUAUUUCCUUUUCGUCAAUUUUAACUGGAACAUUCAGGUCGCUAUGACGUAUUUACUUGAAAAACCUUCCAGUGAAAAGAUGUACGUACUCGUCUUCUUUACCAAGCCUAAAUCGAGAGGUUCUGUGACCCUAGCCAGCACGGACCCUACGGUCCCGCCGAUAAUUAAAACAGGAUACUUUAGCGAUCCCGAUGAUCUAGUGACGUUUUCGAGCGCCGUGCAGAAACUUAAGAAGUUGGAGAAUUCGACAUACGUAACAGAACAUGGAGGCGCUUUCAUCAAGCCGCCGCUUCCAGAGUGCGAUGCAUUGGAGUUUGAAAGCGAAAAGUACUGGCAGUGUUACGUGAGGAACAUGGCUACAACUGGUUUGCAUCCGGGUGGUACUUGCGCUUUGGGCAGCGUCGUCGAUAGCGAGUUAAGGGUGAAAGGCGUGUCUAGACUCCGCGUUGUGGAUGACAGUAUAUUCCCUACUAUCCCUACAGCCAAAACUGGCGCCGUCAGCAUCAUGGUUGGCGAAAAAGCGGCCGAUCUUAUAAAAGAAGAGCAUGGUAUGUUAGGCUAA